CAUUGACCAGCUGACAGUUGUUGUUUUGUGAAGCUGUGUUUUCUGUCACUCUAACAAGGAAGCAUUAUUUUCUGCUAUUGUCAAACUGUAGUCGUUAAAGUUAAACGUUGAUAAUACUGCAUUUUAUUUUACGAUUCUGUUUACGUUGUUGUAAAUUAGAAACCUAUUAGGCGAUGCCUUCUGAAAAGACCUUCAAACAGAGGCGUACCUUUGAACAACGAGUUGAAGAUGUAAGACUUAUUCGAGAGCAACAUCCAACUAAAAUCCCAGUAAUAAUUGAACGGUACAAGGGUGAAAAACAGCUGCCAGUGUUGGAUAAAACCAAGUUUCUCGUACCGGAUCAUGUGAAUAUGAGCGAACUAAUAAAGAUAAUAAGGAGGCGCUUGCAGCUCAAUUCAAAUCAAGCUUUCUUCCUUCUGGUGAAUGGGCAUAGCAUGGUGAGCGUCUCCACACCCAUUUCUGAAGUAUACGAGAGGGAGAAGGAUGAAGAUGGAUUUCUGUACAUGGUCUAUGCUUCUCAAGAAACAUUUGGUGCAAACUGUUUUUUGUAAACUGUUGUUCUAACAACACAGUUGUAACCUCCCCACCUCAGUACAGAAAACCUACUGGAAAGGGAUGUCACUGAAUUUGCAACUAGCGAUUCUUCACUAAUUGUCAACCAUUUCAUGUCAUUGCUACUUUGAGUCCAAACCUUUAAUAACUUUUGCAGUAGACUCUUGUUAAAUGACUGCAGGGAAUUGUGUUAAUGCUAUUACAUAGUUAUAGAUGAGCAUGAGCUUUUGAACAUGCCUCACUGUUCAAGAAAAUAAAUAUUGGCUGUGUGAAAAGUCCGCAUAUUUGUAGCAAUUGAUAGCGGUUUAAUGAAAGUGACAUCUCGUUCUGCUACCAGAAAAAAAGUUCCAAAAAUCUUACUGUUUUAAAGAUGAUAAUUUUUUUCCCUAUUCAGUGAUGGAUUCUUAUUUCAUGCAUUUGAUAUAUUCUGAUGGAAUAUCUUAUUUCUUACUACCUUGGCUAGAAAACAGACCAUCUGGGGUUUUGCUUCAACAAAUUACAGGUAGACCAGGGUAAAAUAAUGGCAUAGCUAGAUUGGGUGGCUCUGGCAGUACCGAUGCAUGGUUCCAUAAUAAGCUUGAUAGUGUGCUGCAUGCUUCGGCAGGGUAAAAUACACCAAACCAGUACUGAGUCUACUGUAGAGUACAUUAGGUAAUUACUGUAGAACAGGGGAGUACAGGGUUAUCCAGAGUAUAUUUUAGGUUAAUAGUUUACAACCCAUUCUAAAACAGCUAAUAUGAAGUCUGAGGUGAGCCUCAGAUAAAACCAUUAACUGUUUAGAAUUAAUUUUAUUUGUUAAAAUUUUGCGGUAAGUAUCUGUUUUUAUACAGAAUGCAGUUCACAGGCAUAGCUACAGAGGGAUUGCCUAAGGGAACAUUACCAGAGUUCCCUGUAGUGUGGUCUUUUUAACAGUUAUAUUUUAUUGUCUGAUUGCCAUACAGUGCAUUGCAAUGCAAUUUUUUUAAUUUAAAAUGAUAUUAACCUGGUAUUGAAUAAGGUAGACGUUAACCAUGUUUGGCCAAAUGUUUUUUUCCAGGUUAGAAAGCCACAUAAGGUGAACUGCAGGUAAUGAGAGUCAUUUUAGCCUUUUAUUCAGCCAGACUCUCUUUGCAGGUAACAGGUUGUCAGUGUUUAUUGGGUGAUCUUUCUAGAGUGACAGUUUUUAGUUCUGGGGCUUUUCAGUAUCAGAAUUUGUGAGAUACUGUGUUCAUUGUUCACAGCAGUUUUAAACCGCACUUGACAGCACUUGUGAGUUUUUUUUUAAUUAGUACAAAAAUAGGUAAUCAAGUGAUUUACAUGAACCCACCCAGUGAAUGUUAAUAUUGGUGUGGCUUCUUAUUUGGAAGGUAUGCGUAUACAAAUGAUACUACAAGCAAUAUCCAGACAUCUCCAUACUUUGUUAAAAUACACAGUCUGGUCUGUUUGCACUUUUAUACCUUUUUGUUGUUUCAGGUGUAUGUGUGUUAUUUUCUGACUGCUUUAUUUUGAAUUAAAUUUAAUUCUUGUGUACAUUUUUGCUCUUGAAAAUAUGCUACCAUUCACUCUUUGUGUAUUUUAAACAUUAUGUUGCAGUAGUCUCCUGUUUGAUGUCAUUUCAUAUUUUCUGUAGCCAUAAUUGACAAAUCAUUGUAAAUACUUGAAAAUUUUCAUGAUCCCAAUGAGAGUGGAGGUUGAUGCUGUACAGAGGAAUGAAUAUGUUUUUUCCUGAAAACCUAAAAUAAAUAUAUGCUAUUUCAUUGAUGGCUUCAAUCCCCAA